AUGAGACGCGUCGUGAGCAGGUGGGCGUUUGCAUCGUCUGCAUUUACGCCGACGGCAGCGAUACAGACAAGGUCUAGAAGGAGUUUUUUGAGUACUUCGAAUGACACUAUGCUUUCUCACGUGGGGGUGGCCCUGUCCACCGCACUUCGCUGCUCGUCUUCCACAGCGGCUUACCCUGUAGCUGCAAAGAAAACUAGACGAGGGUGGAAGAAAGCCCCAGCCAGCGAAGAUGAGGUCGCGGUGGCCUCGACAACAGGGAAACGGGGGACACGCAGAAGAAGCAGCAAGGCCAAAUCUGCUGAAGUUGCACUGGAAGAGGCAGAGGAGGACGAUGAGCUCGAUCAGCGCGCAAUGUUUGAUGUAGCUGGGGUAGAUGAGGCGACAGACGGAGGACGAGUCAUGUGGGAGGAGGAGCAACAAAAACUGGACGAUUUCAACAAGGAUGAGGAUGCGGAGGUAACGCUUUCACGUCAACAACGUCCUCGUACUCGUCAGCGGCAAUCAUCGUCUAGAGCGGUGCCCAACGACGAUGCCUUGGACGACGAUGACGAGGUCGGUGAAGACGACAAAGAUGCUUCCGGCGGGGCAUCCACAGUUGAAGAUGCGGUGCCAAGUUUAGGUGAGGAAAGCCGCUUUUUGAAGGAUCGCUUCCCGGAUUUGGCGGCGGAGUAUGACACAGAGGCCAACCAGCUGCCGUUGGAUAAGGUCGUCUUUGAUGGCGCGCAGGUGGCGUCCUGGAAGUGUGUGGAGUGUGGAUUUAAAUGGAAGAGUGGAAUCUUUGUGCGCACCUGCCUUCGCACGAAGUGCCCGCAGUGCGAGAAGGAACGUAACCCGUGCUUGGACGGACGCUUCGUUCAACUCUGGGACCACUCUCUCAACGACCCAUGCAUUGACCCCAAGGGAGUGGUGGCGAGCAGCAACAAAUCUGCCUUCUGGCGCUGUCCAAGCUGUGGCACCAGCUUUCAGGCACGCAUUAAGGAUAUGGUGGCCGACAAGGCGAAGUGCCCAUCGUGUUCCUUGUUGAAUCUUCAUGCUGACUUCAGCAAGGACGAGAAUGGGCUGCUGCAGGAGUGGCAUCCCCUCAAAAAUGGUGAUCUACAGCCAAGCCAGGUGAAGCCAACCGAUCAUACCAAACUAUGGUGGCUUUGUAUGGCCUGUGGGCACGAAUGGGAGGCCACGCUUGCUGCCCGACUCACCCGGUCCAGGCGCACAAAGGGGAAGGAGUGCCCCGUUUGCCAUGGUAAGGGGAAGGAUUGA